AUGGUAAGAGACUUAAACGUAGAUGUUUAUUGCUCCAUCCAAUGUCGUUAUCCAUCGACAGCAAAAGCCGUUCUAUUGUCGUCCCUGGGUCAAGGUCUCCGUCGGGGCUCACUAAUCAUCUUCGACGAAGGAAAUUCUUACCGUUUCGGCAACUUAGUCCCGGGCGGAGACGCAGAUUCCGUCGUUAUUCAAGUGAAGUCCCCAAAUUUUUGGACUCGGAUCUAUCUGAGUCAUGACCUUGGGUUUGCUGAAGCUUAUAUGAGCGGCGACUUCGAAGUCGGCAGCCUCAAAACAAUGCUUGCUUUGUGGCUAGAUAACCGUACCCAUCUCAGCGAGCUUUCAUCCUUUUGGAAUCGCUGCUCAGUCGUUCUGUCAUCUUUAUAUAUACGUUAUCUUGGCCAGUCCUUGAGUAAUGCCAAACUGAAUGUCAUUACAGGCUACGACGUCGACAAUGAAUUCUUUAAGUCCUUCCUAAGCCGUGAUAUGACUUACUCAUGUGCAAUCUGGCCCGAAAGCGCAGGCGGCGUCCGCGGAGAUCUAACAGACAAAUGGCAGGAGGAAGACUUGGAAGUAGCGCAACUUCACAAGAUCCGUAACCUGCUAAAGAAGGCCCGGCUCCGUCCAGGAGAUCGUCUAUUAGAGUUCGGUACUGGUUGGGGAGCUCUUGCAAUCGAGGCGGCAAAAAUGGGAUGCGAAGUAGAUACGCUGACGCUGUCUGUGAACCAGAAAGCGGUUGCAGAACAAAGAAUAGCUGCGCUAUCAUUGCAAGAACGAGUGCGUGUCCACCUGCUGGACUAUCGGAAGAUGCCAAGUGAUUUCGAACACGCGUUUGACGCGUUUAUCAGCGUCGAGAUGGUGGAGGCAGUCGGUGCCAUGCACCUCGGGAACUUUUUCAAGAUUCUUGACUGGGCGCUGAAGCCUCGCCGUGCUGCUGCUGUCAUCACGGCUACGACCCAGCCCGAGUGGCGUUUUAAAGUUUUUCAACCGGACGACUAUGCCAGACGAUAUCAGUGGCCCAAUUCUUUUAUUCCCUCUGCGACAUAUUUCCUGCAGGUUGCUGAAACUGCGACUCAAGGGCGUCUCGCUGUCGAGAGCGUAGAGAACUUUGGAUCUCGACAAUGCAUGUUCAUACAUAAUUUUCUUUUCGAUUAUCCUCGGACACUGCGUGAAUGGGGAAGACGUUUUUCACGGAACUGGGGAAACGAGGAGGUUAUGGCUUCACUGACGAAAAGCCAACCACAGUUAUUGAGGGUGCCAGGCGCCCUGGAGGCCUUCAAACGCAAAUGGGAGUAUCUGUGGGUGUACGCGGAAGUCGGGUACGCUCGUGCGUAUACGUCAAUGCAUCAUUUUACAUUCAUGCGUCCCGAGUUUGUCUCUGUUCCUUGCGAUUGAUACUACUCGGAUGAUCUGCCGUCACAGAGAUGUAGAGAAAUCAAGAUGUGGAUGGGAAACAAUGGCAACAAGCAUGUAUAUCUCAUGGUAACUUAUCGAUUCCCUCGCGGCGGAAUUAGGGAUGACAAUAUAGUAGGGUAGUCAUAGUAUCAUCAGAGAUGAUAGAAAUCCUUGGUUCAUCAGAAAUUUUAGAACGUACUUACAAUUGGACGGGAGAGAUUCAGGUGGAUUUACUUAAAGGGUGAAAGUGACAAAGGAAACAGCGGAUCAAAAACAGAACCAAUGGUUACGAUAUAGACAGAUCCUGACAGAUCUCUCGCUCUCGAAUGUGUUCGAAGGUUCUUGGAAGUUUGCGUCAAGAUGGAUAAGAUAAGAUAUAUUUGUUCGUGUGACGCCAUC